AUGGGAAAUGGCGGAUGCAACGAUAGUGCCGCAAACGACGUCAUCGAACUCGAGGCGAAGCGCAAAGAAGACUUCUCUUGGCAUCCUUGCCAGGUUUCUCUCUGCACUACAGGACUGGGUCUUAUUGUACAGUAUGGGGACAUUGAUUCAGAAGAAACAAUAGUACAUAAAGAGGAAGUGCUUGCUCGCCUUCGUGUGCGUUCUGUUCCUUUACAAGGCAACAGCUGUUCCCUUGUCCAGCUGGGCGAUCAUGUUCUUGCCACUCAUAAUUCACAUGUCAAGGGUCUCUUCUUUGACGCCCAGGUGGAAGAGGUAAAUCGUGUUAGACACUCAAAGAAGAUCCACUGCAGAUGUACUUUCACAAUCAAAUGGCUUCACCAAGCCCAUAAAGGAGGACCAAUGACUAUUCCAUCAAGUGCCAUCAUGAAAUUAGCUACAGAAAAUAUCAAUCUACAUCCAACAAUUUCUGCUUUCUUCAGUACACAGGAAUCCUCAAGUGGCUUGUUUGCUUCGCCAUUGCCAACUAUUGCUGAUAGCAUGGAUUGGGAUAUGGAUAUUCAUGCAUUGCUGGAAAAACAGAUAGAAGAGAUAAGUAAUUCAGCUGAUGUUUCUGUGAAGAAAGAAUCAGAGGAUAUUCUAUUUGGGAUUGAAGUUGAUCACAAAGGACAAAUCCAUGGCAGAACAAUUACUACUUCCAAAUUGAGUAAUUCACAUGUCCAAGGGGUGCUAAAUCAUUUGAAGAGGACUACUCACUGUCUCCUAACUCGCUCAGCAGUGCAGAUAAAUGCAGCAGUUCAUGAAAAUGUUGAGAUGACCUAUUUUGAAAAGACAGAGGUAAGGUCUUCUUCCAAGACAAGAAGCUUCACUCAUUCAACAGUUAAUAAAACAGAGAAAAAUCCAGUUGCUGAAGCAAACAGUGGAAUUGAAAAGAAUAUUUCGACUAAAUGCAGCAAAUCAAAAUCUUCUGCAAAUAAAAUUGUAGACCCAGGAUAUGAUUUAUUUGAAAACCAGAAACCAGUUGGUUCAGCCAUUAAUGCUGAGUCAAGUAGAUCCCCUGCUGAGGAUGAGGAGAGCCUCGUGGAAAAAGACGGGCAGAUUAUUAAGAAUGUUUCUAAGAGGGAGAUCAUUGAUGAAGACGCAGCAAAACUUAAUUACCCAAGAAGGAUGACACGUUCUAUGGCUCAAAAGGAUACUGAAAAGAAUAAUGUACAACCUAACAUAAGAUUGAGAAAGAGCAGAUCUGACGAACCUGAUGGUGCAGAGCUGAAGAUCACUCCAAAGAGUGAAGAAAAUGUUGCAAGCGAUAGUGGAGGCAUAAAGAGGAAAUCUUGCAGUUCCAGAAAUGAGUUGCGAUCUUCUCCCCGACUCAGACUUCUUUCUCGGACUCGCUCACAAAAUAAGAUGUAA